UGCAGGAAGUAUCGUUUUCUUACUUUUACUAUGCGUGCCAUCGUGGGCUGGCGAGGGCUAUGACCAAUCUACUUUCCAUGGCGUCCGUGCUGCUGGUUAGUUGGCCAACGUUGCUUCGGUAUGGAGCUCUCGCAACGGCCUUGAAGCGGUGCUCUUCGCAGUUCCGUAACGCCGCAGUUUCAACCGACGGCCCUGCUGUGCAACCUGCGGAUGCCGCGCCGCACCAAAUUCUCUCUGAUCGGGCUCCUCGGCCUGGGAGACCGACAGCGCGUCGAUAGCGCCAAUUGUCCGCCUCAAUUACCUCCUUCUGAUGAACGACCCGUCCCGCUUCUUCAAGGCCCUGGGCAUCAUCCUCGCUUGGUCCCAGGCUGAAGUCGGCAUCGGUAUGCUCGUCGCCAACCUACCAGCCUGCAAGCCCUUACUCGAGCGCACAUUCUCCCGCACUGCUGGGUCCCGCAGUUGGGGCGGAAAGACUGGCAGCGGCGUGGGCGGCAAGUAUGGCGCCUCUCGAGCCGACGGUUGGAUUCGCGGAGGUGGUAGCGGUCUCGAACAUGUCGAAGAGGGUAUCGGCAUGGACGCCAUGAAUAGUGGCUACCGGGAGCUUGACAAGCAAGGCGCCACCACCCCUAAGACGGCGAUGAGUUGUAAUGGACGCGAACCGUCUCAGGGAGAGAGGCACAUCGCGGGAGGAGGAGGGCAGUUCGGUGUUGAGACCAGAGGGUACAAUGGGGACAUGGCGGGUGAUAGCAGCGACGAUCUGGCCGACAACGAGAGCCAGAGGUGUAUCAUUCCGAGUGGCGGCUCUAACGCUCGUAACAGAAGUAGCGACGACAAGCAUGGUGGAUUAACUUCGGCAACGGUAGUGGUGGCGGUGGCUGGAUGAGGGCAAUCAUUGUUCCACAGCAGAUCGCAUUUCUGCAUACUCCGGUGCGAGGUCGUGUACUAGCGUAGUGCGAAACCAGACCGCGGCGCCGAGAUAUGGGUUCGUGUGUUCACUAAAAACUUCUAUGCUAAGUAUUAGCACAGCCAACUUUGCCUCCAUCAGUACUCUAUUCUUGGAAGAAUGCAAGUUAUCAUAGACAGUAGCUGAAAUUGAUUGGUCUGAGCAGUCCCAACUUUUUGUAG